AUGAAAUUGGACACGACAUUAGCUAUGUCUGCUGAAGAGAAGGUAAAUAUCGCCAGGAUAAUUUCAUGAUAAUUAAAUUAAUUUUUAAAAUUGCCCAUCCGAUCCGCUGCAGUCCAAAUUUGCGAGGUAAACUAGUUAUGCCGAUGCCUUAAGCUUGUAAAUUAGUAUGUAAAAACCGUGUAAUAGUGUGGCUACAUGACCGACGGCUGGUCAAGGUUUUCAAAUAACUAAAUGACUGGCAGUCGGGUAUUUUUCAAUAUUCCAUACUUAACGAAGAGAGAACCUGUACAAUCCAAACAACCACUUUUUGUUUAGGAACUGCUAAGCGAUCCCGAAUUGAUUUAUAGAUGUCAUAUCUCAUGCUCGAUUUAAGUUGGGCUCAGAAUACGGAGCUAUCGUCUUUGACACUUAGAAAUGCGGCAUGAUAACGGCGAAAUUGGUAAUUUCGUUCGCCUGUACAUAAGAGCAUUUCUUGAAGCCACUAAGUUUGGCGUAUGGUAUAUAUUAAUACUAGCAUAUAUUAAUAGUGAUUAUAAUACAGCCAGUAACGCAAUGACUUAAUGGCCGGUACCAUCAUGACUUAACGGUUACAUUUUCGUCGGUAUUAAGGGAAAUUCUAAGAUAGCUACCAACGCAAUGACUUUUCCAGCCACAUAUGCGUCAGUUUACAAGGAAAUUCCAAGAUAGCCUCUAACGCAAUAACUUAACGGCUUAACGGCUAUAUAAUUACGCCGGUAUACAAGGAAAUUCUAAGAUAGCAAGUAACGCAAUGACUUAACACCUACCUUUACCGGUAUGUAGGAAAAUUCUGAGAUACAUGUUGCCAGUAACGAAAUGACUUGACGGCUUCACUUGCGUCGGUGUAAAGGGAAAUUCAAAGAUAGCCAGUAACACAAUGACGGCUACAUUUGCGCGGUAUAGAUGGCCAGUAACGCAAUUCCCUUUUAGCACUCCCAUGGUUUUUCAUUUUCCAAGACACGGAUACGAGUCUUCAUUGCGCCCGUUUCAGAUUUGUAAAAAAUGUUUAUCGAGAUCCAGACAGACGUAGAUUAUGCUUCGAAUUAAAAAAUUUCGUUUAGUUGAUUCUAAAGUUUGCAAGACCGAACACCUAGCUAUUGUCUUUUUGUACUUUGUUUGUUUGUUUGUCAAUAGUGUUCCUGUUUGGGUUUGUCUCACAGCCAUGGUCUGGACCAACAACAGAGUUCCUGAGUAGGUUUUUGUUUUCAAUGAUUGGCUUCUAUUUUGUUUAAAUCAUUAAGUGCUUUAUUGUUCAUUUCUAUUGUUCUUGUAAAAUUAUUUGGGUUAGCAAGUUUACCAAGAGUUGUAACUGCCAAAGACCAACUGGCCCAUAACCCAAACAUGUUCACCAAUAGAUUACUUAGGAGGUGUGUUGGAGUGAUUAAGUGUAGUAUUAGUAGUUGAGGUAGUGGUAGCAGAAAGUUGUCAAUAUGCUGGAGAAGAACAAUUAAAGGAGAAGUCAAAAGUAGAGUCUUGGUGCCUCUUGCUGAGAAAGUCCCCUUAGUGCCCCUCUACAAUAUUAAAUACAAGGUACUACUUCUGUUUGAAGGCAUGGCCCAAUCUGGCCCUCUUGCUGUUUCAUAGCUCACCUCAUCAGAUUCCACAAUCUCUACUGUGUUUUCCUCUUUCUCCUCUCACUCUUUAUCAGAGCCAAAGCCAUUGCCUUUCUCCUUGUUUUUCACUUAUCUGACACUGGCUGUCAUGACUUCCGUCAUUAGAUUCCACAAUCUCUAUUGAGUCUUUUCCCUUGAAAACAACUCCCUCAAGUUUGAGGGUGAUGCCCAAAAAAGGGUAUCGCAAUAAUAUGCCACUUUCUGCUCUUCAAAUCCACAUAAAGAAAUGUCCAGUGGUAACCAGUUUGAUUUGGAGAGCUGAUGUACACUCUGCUGGAAUUUACCCCAGCAAAUACCAAAUUAACCUUGUCAAAACACAACAAUUUUCUGAGUCAUCCAUUACACAAAUCUGCAACAGGCAAUUUAUGGCUCACAGUUAUUGCUAAAAAGAUUGUAAAAACUUAACUUACCUGACAGAGUAUUUCUUCUCUAUAUUUAUCCAAGAAAUAACAGCAAAUAAAAUCAACAGCUUGAGCACAAAGCAAGAAUUGAUGGUAAUUAAGUCAGUGACCAUAGAAAGUCUCAUGUGGUGCAAAAUUUUUUGCCACAAGUGUGCCUCACCCUUGAGUUUCAACCUCUAAUGUGUCAUGAACUCCAAAUUGUGGUCUUGCUCCUAUUCCUCAGGGUCUCAGUGUAUUCAAUCUCCUCCAGAUGGCUUAGCAGUUCCUCAUUAACACAUAAAAUUUUGGAUUUUAAAGAUUCUUUUGAUUUGAAAAAUUUAGAAAAAUAUCUGAUUGCUGGUCAUUUAGUGAUUUGAGAACUGUGACUGGCAGUUGUCAUCAAACAAUUUCUUGGUGUCGACAUCCAUGACUCCAUCUUCUCAGCCCAGCGUAAACUAAGCAUUAGAUAUGAGACUCACAAAUCUCCUUGAGAUCACUAAAUAGUUCUCCAUCAACGUGUAAUAGUUUGGAUUCUGCAGAGUUGUGAAAGUUUAAGAUCAGACUGCUGAUCAUUUAUGUAAUUUGAGAACAGUGACUGGCAGUCUACCUACUGCAAAAUUUGUGGAUGUCAACAUCCAUGGCUCCAUAUUGUGAGACUAGCGUUAGACACGAGAUUUAUAAAUCUCCUCAAGAUUGCUUCAUAGUUCCUUCCUUAAUAGUUUGGAUUGUAAAAGUUCUCUGGAUUAUUUUAUUAAGUUUUUAGAUCCAACUACCAAUCAUUUAGUUAUUUGAGAAUCAACCUUAUGCAAAAUUUAAUUUCUAAGUGUCAACAAUGAUAUAAACUGAAACAACUAUUCACCUCAGUGUUACACGGCUUGGUAAGUAUCCACAGUAUCCAUAUACCUAAAAUGACCUAAAUUGACCUAACAUUAGGGUAUUCUAAGGUUUUUUGUUUUGGAUUUUAGGUCAUGUCUUGUUUUAGUAACUACAACCACUAGCCACCUCCACUUCAGUAAACAGUUAUUUUUCAUUACUUAAAUGUGCAAAAAAAUUUGUGGCAGCUAGAGGGGAGAGUUAACAUAUGGAUCUUUGGAGUUAAGCAUCAGCUGUAUAGUAUUUCGGUAAUUGCAGGUGUAGAUACACAGUAUUUGUUGUAAUAUAUCUGUCUUUUAAGUUUGGUAUUUUAGAGAAAUUAAAUGCUGGGGAAGUGCUUGUUGGAGAUGGUGGAAUGACACAUGCUUUAGAGAAGCGUGGAUAUGUGAAAGCAGGGCCUUAUACUCCAGAGUGUACAGUGGAAUAUCCAGAGGCAGGUUGUAGUCUUCUUUUGUUGCACCUGUUGCUAUGGGGCCUAAUUACAACCUCACUUUUGUGAACACCUGUAAUUGAGAAUAUUUGAAUUCAUAUUUAAGUGGGUGCUUGAUUUUUCAAACAUAUUAAUGGAGUAGUUUCUUUGUAAUAGCAAAGUUAUCCUAGAGAUCACCAGCUUCCAAUCUAUUGACCUUCACCUAUAUACGCUGUAUAUCUAAAUAGAUUUUAUUUCAUAUCAUGUCAUAUGUAAUUUCUUUUCCGUUCUUGCUAUACAGUGCUUAGAAAGGUAAGGUUGUUCAACUUGUUCCCUAGCAUGUGAUUUAGUUGUGUAAGAGCAAUCACACCAUCACAGUGCUCAGCUUAUGGAUUUAGAACCCUUUUGAAUUAAAUUUUUAUUUAUGCCAAAAGUGAGAGGAUAUUUCAGGCUAAUUUUGAUUUUUUGGUUUUGUGGUCAUCCUACAAAGUGGAAAAAAAAGGGUUGCAAAGAAACAAAAGAUUGUAAGGGUGGUUGUUUCUGAAUUUAGUUAGAUUCAUGAAUGAAUAAAAACUUGCCCUAAAAAAGUAUUGCAAGAGGUAAAUGGAAUUGAUUGUCAACAGUUAGACAACUUCAUCGGGAGUUUGUGCGAGCAGGAGCUGAUGUUAUUCAGGCCUUUACCUUCUCAAUGGAUGAUGAUAUGGGCAGCUCUGAAGCUAAACAUGGGGUUCGUAGAUUGUUAUUAAAUAUUUAUCAAUUUGCAUUCAUAUGAAUAUAUGAAGCCCUUUCUUGAAACAGUUGGUUUUAAGAGGUCAAUAAUAUUUUUUUGUCAGAUUUUCCUGUUACAGUUUGGUUGUUGUUAAAAUGAAAUGUCAAAAACAUGUUAAAAUCCCUAAAAUUAUAUCUUGGUAAAGCAAACCCUAGGGUACAAUAACAAAUGUCUUGUAAGGGCCUAGACCUAACAGCGUAUGUUUGUGAUGAAUUUGAUUGGUUUGCAAAGUCACUUGACUUAUCAUUACAUUUUUAAUGUUCUCUAUAAUUUUCUUAGGGCAUGGCUGUUCUUGUACCUUGAAAUAUCCAUUGAUUCAUAUAGCAUACAGAAUAAAGCCAUGAAAAUUGCUUAAAAUUUCCUUUUAAGUUAGAUUAUAAUAUGUUGAUAUCCCCCUGUGAAUUGUACCUCAAACAAAACAUUUGAGAACUUUAUAGUUAACCCAAAGCUAAAAAAAGCUAAUUCAGGUAGUCUUCAGUCAUGGGUAUUUUGGUAAGGACUGCAGAUGCACCAAACUUCUAUGGCUGAGGGAUGAGCCUAAUAGGUAAAGAUCACCUUGAUAUAUAGAAACAACAUGAAUUGAUGUGUUGUGCAAUUUGGUUUUAUUCUGUUUGUGUGUUUUUUGUUCAUUUUCUUGUUUGAAUAUCCAGUGGGGAGUUUGAGGAAAUGGUUACUUUCUUGUCUCCUUGUCUGAUAGAACAAUCAUACUUUGCCAGCAUAGAAAUAGUUCAGCCAAUUUGCUGAAUCCUAAGAAAAAUCUUACAUUUUGUAUAUGAAAUUAAUUUAAUUGUACAACAGAAGGCAUGAAAAAAUGAGUAUACACCCUGCAGUGAAGUAGAGUCCAGUUCUUGAAGGAGUAUAGAUUCUCCUGGUUGCUUUAUAGUUCUGAAAUCAGGAUAUCAAAAUAAAAGCUCUUGGCUUAUGGGUAACUGGCUUGUAACAACCCGUUGAUAAGCACCACCACCAAAGAUGCACCACCCCAAAACAAGUUCAAUUCCAAAAAAGCACCUCCCCAAAUAUGUACCUCCCAAGUAAGCCCCAUCCCCAAAAUAGUUUUUGGGGAUGGGGAGGUGGUAUUAAUUUGGUAAUCAGGGACUUUGGAGGUAAUGUUAAUUUUGUAAUCUGGGCGAUUGAUAGCGGUAUUCUGAGAGCAGAGUAUAGUGCCUAAAAUAGAGUGUGAUCAAACCUAACAUGCUUUUUUAAGUUGACAAGAAACCAUAACACACUUUGCUCCUGAGGAAUUUUUCAAAAUUAAUGUUAAUUCAUAGUAAUUUUAAGAAUAAUGAUAACUAAUAAUUUAAAGGAUACACGUUCAGUUUUUAUAUACUUGGAAUCUUUCUUAGGCCAUAAAAAUAAACCAGGCAGCAUGUGACCUUGCCAAAAGUGUCGCUCAGGAGGGAGGAGUAUUUUUCGCUGGAUCCGUCUGUCAGACAGCUUCUCUGUAUUCACAAGGUGCUGGAAAAGAAAUUGUAACGAAGAAGUUUAGGGAGCAAAUUCAGAUAUUCAUUCAGAACGAUGUUGAUCUAAUUAUAGCUGAGGUAAUUUUAUUUUGAAAUGUACUUGUUUGAGUUAAUUUUUACUGAAAUCUGCAUAAUGAAGCUGAACACUAUGGUUAUUCGUUGUUAAUGUUAGCGUUUUUACAGCAGAUUUCUAUAGCUUGUUACUACAGCGCCUGGUCAAAUUUAAGUUAAUCAGUUUGACUGAAUGAAGACACGGGACGUUUUUCGCAGAAGGAAGGGCACCUUUCACUGGGGAGUAAAAUACUAUCGCACUUUUCCCGUUAUACCCCCCCUUCCUUCUAAUGUUACGAUAAGGUUAUGUAAUCUCGGAAAAGUCCCUUUUGCUCUUAUUAGAUAUUUUACCGAGAUACUUGCAACCCAUUUUAUGAUACUCACACCAAAGAAAAUAAUGUCAGAAUUGAACCCUUGAAAUGUACUGCAUCCUUAGAAACUCGUGUCUCAUGGGUGUUUAUUGGUCGAAUGUUUCUCCGACAGUUCUUUGCGAACGUAGAAGAGGCUGAGUGGGCAGUAGAAGUAAUGAAGUCCACAGGGAAACCAACAGCAGUAACCUUAUGCAUUGGACCUGAUGGCGACAGUUGUGAUGUUCCUCCGGGAGAAUGUGCUGUUAGACUCGCGAGGGCAGGUACAGAGAGCCAACUAUAAAGGUCGACUAAGGAAGUCGGAGUAGUUUGCUACCCAUGUUGAACUUUUCCACCAGCGCAGCAGUAGCUUUGAAAUUAGUCGAUGUUGCUCUCUUCCAGGCUGAAUUUAAAUAAGGUACCAAAAAUGCGUUUUCCUUAGCUUAUGUUUCUGACCAAAAAAGAUUGGAAAAUGAAGAAAUUUUUAAGAGAUAAUCACAAACAAAGAAAGCAGUAGGGAAGAGGAGAGUCUAGGAGAAAACGCUUCCUUAAUCAGUUUUGACCCCAGAGAGUAGAUUGCUAAGCCGCAUGCAUAUACACUACUCUUACAUUAGGCCUUGUGGUUUCAGGGGCUGAUAUAAUUGGAGUCAACUGUCGCUUUGACUCAAACAUCACUUUAAUGACCAUUGGUUUAAUGAAAGACGCGUUGGAUAAAGAAGGCCUCAAGCCUCAUCUAAUGGCUCAACCAGCUGGUUACCAUACCCCUGAUGCUGACCGUAUGGGAUCUGCUCAUCUGCCAGAGUCACCGUUUGGUGAGUAGUAAGCAUAUGUCAAGAUCUAGGUAAAUAACAUUUUGGCCUUUUUAAAUUUGGUGACUGCGUGUUAGAACAUAACUUUGACACAACGUGUGCUCUGAUUUGUCAAAAUCUCGUAUAUUUGGUUGUAUACCCAUAGAAAACUGAAACAUCUUCCCACCCUAUCAAAUGGCGCCACACGGGGCGAAUUCCCAGAUUUUUAUUUGUUAAUGCCAAUGUUUGGAGGAAACGAAGAGUACACUUUGCACGCCGAAACCAAAGAUUUUAUGUUUAUAACAUUGUCAAAUUUCUUAUUUAAAAUGCAGUCCAACUAACUGGUUGCUUCGGUUUAAUUCUCCGCUAAAGUUCCCCAAACUGCUCGCUGAGAAGGAAAAGUUGACAAGUUUUUGCAUCAAGAAAAUUGUUGUGAAAACUCACUGGAUCUUCAUUUAGAUAUUUACCUGAGAACAAAAGCCACUUACAAAGUGAUGAGGCACCCAAGAUUUAUAGCAAUUCAAUUUGCUAUCCUUGAUUUCGGCUUUUAUUUGAUACUUUUUGCCUAGUUCAUGCGUUUUGAUCACUUUCUGUAAAUUUUAACGAGGACUUCAUGAAAGCUUUAAUUCAAGCUAGGCAAUAGGAAAAAAUUUGGUUGAAGGAAAAUAGUGAACCGCGAGUAAACAAAAUAGUUGGACGGUGUUUUAUCGGUGCACACGGCUCGAUGUUGUUGUCUUUCGAUUUUGCCGUUUUUGUCGUGCAAUAAUGUUAUUAACGAAUUUAAUAUAGAGUUCUCACAAUCGUAAUAUAUUCCAGUUGUUAAAAUUUCUACAAAUGACCUUUAUUUUGCUGAAAUGGCUCCCGAGAAUAUUAAAACUGCUUAAUAAGUUUGCCAACUUAAAAAACUUUCCGUACAGAUUAUCAGAUCGCAAUCGCAGAGGUAGGCUUAUUUUGGCCUCAAAAAUCGCGUUUUCUCCGUCCAAAUUGAAAUAUUCUUUAGUAGCACUUUGUAAUUGUGCUUCGUCUUGCAUUUUGCUAUUUCUCGUAAGUUUUCUUUAAAAUUUCUGUUUUCAUUCAGCGACAACUUAAUUACAGUCUUCGCUCUUCUGGCCGGCAGUUCAUUCAGUUUCCGGAGCUUUGGUUGGUUUAUCGCACUUUUUGAUGGGUUUGAGAAUCAACGACUUGAUCAAAGGCUUGAUCACGAAAUAAGAUAAAAUUUAUGAUUCUUUCUCACAAACUUAGCUCAUAUUUAUGUCGAAAAGUUUAUAAACCACUUGGCUGCGCCUCGUGUUCUCCCAACAUUUCGCGUGGUUUAUUAGCCGGUAAACCGAUGGAAAGUCUGGUUUAUUGUUUAAUUAUGUUAACGGAGAGGAAGGUUAUUUCUAUGGACUUUUCAUAGCUUGAACUUUGAAGGUGUUUUCACAUGAUACUUUCUCAGUAUCAAAAAGCGAAAUAGGAAAGAUGCAUAGUCCUUUGAGUCAAAUUUUGGGCUGGAUAUAUUUUUAUACGGACGUUUUUUACUCAUCGUUGGGGUUCUAGUUACCUUAAUUCUUUAACUUCAUUAUUACUUAUUUAUUUUCACGGAAGAGGGCCUUCAUCCUUUGUUAACUCGUGAGCCGAUGACAUGGAACAGGUAACUAACUCGUUCUACCUUUCAGCUUUGGAAGCUCGAGUUGUAACUCGCUGGGAUGUACAUAAAUACGCUCGGCAGGCCUAUGACAUGGGAGUGAGAUUCAUUGGUGGCUGUUGUGGUUUUGAGCCCUAUCAUAUCCGGGCUAUUGCGGAAGAGGUAGGGAAAAUAGUUUUUUAUUAAAUUAUUUAUAUGAGUGUUUGGGAACGUAUCUAAGAUUAAUCUCCAUUUGCAGUCUAUCUGGUUUGUCGCACGUCGAGCUCUUCACUUGGCGGAGGGAACUUGUCUCGUUACGACCCUAAACAGGAGCUGCGACGAGGACCAAAUUGAUUGAGAUUAUCAUGACUUUCGAACUCCAUUAAACCAAGCGUGGAAAAAGUAACUGGGUCAAGAAUUUUCCUUUAACCUGAUAAGUUGAACGCGAUUAAACUGACUUUGAGGCCCAAUGGAGCCUUCGCACCAUGACGUGUCAUCUUAGUUGUCCAACUUCCGAAAGGGAAUCUCGCCGCCACGUCAUCCCACAAAUCAGUGUUCUUAAGAAAAAAAUAUCCUUUCAUCUUACAUAAUUAUUCCUGUAACAAGUGCAUGAUGAUGAUUUUAGCAACACUUUGACGGAGCGCUCCUUCUUUGCUUUUGCUUUAGUUGGCUCCUGAAAGAGGCAAGUUACCAGCCGCAAGCGACAAGCACAGUCCUUGGGGAGAGGCUCUUAAACACCACUCACAACCAGAGAUUCGAGCGAGGUAAUUGCGUGGGUGACAGGGUUGGGUUAGGGAGAGGGGGUGGGGUAAGUCUUCGAGGGAAACGAACAGUUAAGCUGCUUCGGCAUACAAGUGCAACAAUUAACGGAUUGUCGUCAUGGAAUAGAUAAAGUUAGAUAGCUCGCCUAAGCGAAUUUUGACUCAAGCACAAGUCCUUCGUCCGAAAAGUGGAGGAUGUGAGUUAUUUCUGCUUGUUUUGUUGAUUGGAGGGGGAAGGUAUGCUAUUAAAGUAAGCAUGGUAACAGAUGAUGUUCUUUCAUUUUGAAUUUUUAAUUAUAACUAUCUUGACAUCUUUAUUACUCUAGAGCCAGUAGAGCCUACUGGGAAAACUUAAAACCAGCCAGCGGUCGGCCGAAUUGCCCGGCAUUGAGUGGACCUGGAAGACUGGGUUUAUUUCAGUGAGAAUGUAUGGUUAAUGAUAAAAACGUUACAAAGAAAAAAAAAAUGGAAAUCGUAUUUUACUUGUUGGUUAACCAAUCGUUUAGUAUCAAGGUUAAACAGGUGUGGUCAUUACCAAGGCGACAAAGGUUAAUUGUAUAAAAUACCAAAUGCUUGCGCUUUGACAGAUCAGUACUCCAUACUAUCAUGGUUUACAUAAAGGUGCAAAACGUGAAACACGACGCACUUGAAAGUGGAUCGACAUAACGUAAUACGUUAAGGGGGAAUAAGCUAAAAUGAACGCAAUUGUUAUCUUAUCUUAGUUGUCAAGCUAAGUGAAGAGACAUCGAGGUCAGAUAUUAAUGUAUGAUCUUAUUUGUGAGGUCGCAACAAAAGGACGUCGUUUUGUAUGAAUAAGAAUGAAUGCAUACAUUUUUUAAGCCCAACACCUCAACUAGCUGAUUGAUGUUUUAAGCACUAUUUUUUAAAAUUAUUGCACCAAUUAAAAGUGUGGAC